AUGGCCUUUCAACCUACUCCGGCGGAUAUUUCCGUCGUUAUCACAGCCCCAGCAUCUGCCCGCGAUGCUCAAUCUAGCUUCGUCAAUGAACGUCGUGUCACCCCUACCUGGUCUGUGUUCACGCUCAAGGGUAAGCUGGAGACCAUGACCGGUGUUCCACCGGGCUGUCAACGUUUGCGCGUCAAAGUACCAGGUCGACCUGAUCAAUGGGCCGAUAAUGAUGAUCAGAUCAUUGGUGACUUUGGUUUGGUUAAGAGCACAGAGAUCGAGGUUCAUGAUACUCGGCCUAAAGCUAUGCGUCCUAAUUUUACGGACUUGUCUUCUGUGGAGAAAUAUGAACUUCCUUCUGAGACUUAUGAGACUCUUCCCAACUCCGUCUUGGCCUGGAAGAAGAACCAGAAACUUGGUCGUUUUGACCCAAACUCUCUCUCGCCUGAAGAGACUCUACGCAAGCAGGUUGAAAGGGAGCAAGUUGAGAUCGCAUCGAGAGACGUCGCCGUUUCUAAGCGGGCGAUAAUUCUGCCUUCAACUCCGCCACAUAUUCGCCGAGGCACCAUUCGUUUUGUUGGGCCUGUGCCGACAAUUCCUAUAUCUGGUCCUGGUCGUGAACUGGCCCAUGAUGGAGAACUAGCCGUCGAGCUUCAGCCCAUCUGGGUUGGUAUUGAGCUGGACGAACCGACAGGAAAGAAUGAUGGCAGUGUGGGUGGAAAACGCUACUUUGAAUGUCUUGAGAAGCGAGGUGCGUUUGUGAAGCCGGAGAAGAUUGAGGUGGGAGACUUCCCGCCUCUAGACGAUGAUCUGGAUGAACUGAUGGAAGAGAUUUGA